AUGCCCAGCGUCCCCGGAGCGAACAAGGCGAGGCAUUCAUUUUCCAAAGGGGUGGAAUCGGCCUCUGCAACUCAGGUUCACAAAACCCCGGGAGCAAAGACGCCAACUAACAGCCACAAUCUUCAACUAACUCAAAGUUGGGAAAACUCGGAACCGACGCGCCCCGCGGAGCUCACCCCUGAGCCCAGAGGAGCGGAGGCCCCCGCCCCGAUUCCUCCCACCCAGGCAGCCCCCGGCCUCACUUGCUGGGGGUGCGCCGGGGCCGACGCGCUCGCUGGUCCAGCAGCGGGUAAACCGAGGCCGGCCCGGUCUUCAGGAACCCCCUCGCUCGGGGACUCAGCGACCUGCGGGCCCAAGCAGCCACCGGCACCUUGCUCACCCCCCGCCCCGCCGGUUCAGGUUCCACGGAGCAGCAUCGCCGCGGGGGCGGCGAACACUUUAUAG